ACUCACCAAAAGGCCUCAGAACCGUUACUACACCUCCCGGCGAGCCGCGCGCUCUGCGGAACACUACACCUCCCAACAUGCAGUGCGGCCAACCCUUCUCUCUGACAUCCAUCUCCCCAGUCACCCGAAGCCGGGAGGCGGACUAAGAUUAGGCCUCGCCUCUCCGCCUUCGCUGAAGCCGCGGCUCCGCCCCCUCCUUGAGCCGUGCGUGUUGCGUCACACGCCGAUGGGCGGGCCGAGGAGGGGGCGGGUAGAAUGGGAGGGAUGAAGGGGAGGGGUAAAGAGAAGGGGGAGGGUAAAUAGUGUCUAGAGCCAGGAAGAUGGCGGCAGCGGAGGUGUGAGCGGACCCUAGUCCCUGCAGCUGCGUUUUCUCCUCCCUCCCCUCACCUUUUCCCUUCCACCCCUUCUUCCCCCGACAUUGGCACUGAAGGGGGAGCGCCUUGGGUGGCGGCGCCCGGAGGAACACAGGAGUGACGGCGGUGGCGGCGGCCGACAGCUGGAAGGGCAAGCUCCCUUCGCCGCUCCUUCUCCUUCCCCGGUCCGCUCGGUGCCCGGCAGCGCGGCGGCGCCCGGGCGCUCGGGCUCCGUCCCAUCUCCUCCUGCCCCCAGAGCCGGGGCGGACCCGCGUCCCGACCCCGGACCCUCCCUCUCGGGGACUUGGCGCCUGUGCGGGCGCAGCACAGGCAGCGGGGGCCGCUCUCCUGCUCGGCUGUCGCGCCUCCAUGUCGGACAACCAGAGCUGGAACUCGUCGGGCUCGGAGGAGGAUCCGGAGACCGAGUCCGGGCCGCCUGUUGAGCUCUGCGGGGUCCUGAGCAAGUGGACAAACUACAUUCAUGGGUGGCAGGAUCGUUGGGUAGUUUUGAAAAACAACACUCUGAGUUACUACAAGUCUGAGGAUGAAACAGAGUAUGGAUGUCGGGGAUCUAUCUGUCUCAGCAAGGCUGUUAUUACGCCUCAUGAUUUUGAUGAAUGCCGAUUUGAUAUUAGUGUAAAUGAUAGUGUCUGGUAUCUACGAGCUCAGGAUCCAGAUCAUAGACAACAAUGGAUAGAUGCUAUUGAACAACACAAGACUGAAUCUGGUUAUGGAUCAGAAUCAAGCUUACGCCGACAUGGCUCGAUGGUAUCACUUGUGUCCGGAGCAAGUGGUUAUUCAGCAACAUCCACCUCAUCAUUCAAGAAAGGCCACAGUUUGCGUGAGAAAUUGGCUGAAAUGGAAACCUUUAGAGACAUCCUAUGUAGACAAGUUGAUACUCUGCAGAAGUACUUUGAUGCCUGUGCAGAUGCAGUCUCGAAGGAUGAACUUCAGAGGGAUAAAGUGGUAGAAGAUGAUGAAGAUGAUUUUCCUACAACACGUACUGAUGGGGAUUUAUUGCAUAAUACAAAUGGCAAUAAAGAAAAGUUAUUUCCACAUGUGGCACCCAAAGGAAUUAAUGGCAUAGACUUUAAAGGGGAAGCGAUUACAUUUAAAGCAACUACUGCCGGAAUACUUGCUACACUUUCUCAUUGUAUUGAACUCAUGGUAAAACGUGAGGACAGCUGGCAAAAGAGACUGGAUAAGGAAAUUGAGAAAAAAAGAAGGAUAGAAGAAGCCUACAAAAAUGCUGUGACUGAACUUAAGAAAAAAUCUCAUUUUGGAGGACCAGAUUAUGAGGAAGGUCCAAAUAGUCUGAUAAAUGAGGAGGAAUUCUUUGAUGCCGUUGAAGCUGCUCUUGACAGACAAGAUAAAAUAGAAGAACAGUCACAGAGUGAAAAGAGCAGAUUACACUGGCCUACCUCCCUACCACCAUCUAGUGAUGUUUAUUCUUCUGUGGGUACUCAUAGAUUUGCCCAACAGGUUGAAGAGAUGGUGAAGAACCACAUGACUUACUCAUUACAGGAUGUAGGUGGAGAUGCCAAUUGGCAAUUGGUGGUGGAAGAAGGAGAGAUGAAGGUUUAUAGAAGAGAGGUAGAGGAGAAUGGAAUCGUUCUGGAUCCUCUAAAAGCUACUCAUGCCGUUAAAGGAGUGACAGGACAUGAGGUCUGCAGUUACUUCUGGAAUGUUGAUGUUCGCAAUGACUGGGAAACAACUAUAGAAAAUUUCCAUGUCGUGGAAAAGUUGUCUGAAAAUGCAGUCAUCGUUUACCAGACUCACAAGAGGGUGUGGCCUGCUUCUCAACGUGAUGUGUUAUACCUCUCUGCCAUUCGAAAGAUACCAGCAUUGACUGAAAAUGACCCUGAAACUUGGAUUGUGUGUAAUUUUUCUGUGGAUCAUGACAGUGCACCCGUAAACAAUCGAUGUGUCCGUGCCAAAAUAAAUAUUGCUUUGAUAUGUCAAACUUUGGUAAGCCCACCAGAGGGAAACCAGGAAAUAAGCAGAGACAAUAUUCUAUGCAAGAUCACAUAUGUAGCUAAUGUGAACCCUGGAGGAUGGGCACCAGCCUCAGUGUUAAGGGCAGUGGCAAAACGAGAGUAUCCCAAGUUUCUAAAGCGUUUCACAUCCUAUGUCCAAGAAAAAACUGCAGGGAAACCAAUUUUGUUCUAGUGUUAACAGUGACUAAAGCAAGGCUGUGUGAACAUUCCAUGUUGGAGGAAUUAACCAAAACGAAUGCUCUAAGCUGGAACGUAGGAUUUACAGCCACCCUUUCUGUGGCCCACGACCUUGGCUUUGUGCACUGAAAUGAAGAAACCCUGCAAUACAGUGACACCGAACAUCUGACACUAGCUCUCUCCUGCUAGCUCUUCUUGCUUAGUGUAUAACUAUAAAUACAUGUAAUAAUACAUGUAUAUGGCUAUAUUUUUAUUUGCUUGCUUUGGGGGAGGGAGGGAGACUUUGAAUCACAAACUUGGGGAAUUAAUGCUUUAAUUUGGGGAAAUUUUUGCAAAGCUUUUAAUUUUACUAUGGCCCUGCUUAAGAGCCUCACAUAUGUGUUGGGUUUUUGUGUGCAAAUUUUAAAGCACAUAAUGCAGACACAUAACGUAAGGACAUAUGUGCUUUCUGUGCACCAAACAUAAAGGGUAUGGUUCUUUUUUUCAGGCCUGCAGUCCAUUCUAGGUGGCCAGGUUUUUCUGAUUUUGCUUUGUAUAAUCAUAGAGUCCAUUGCUGCUGAUUUCUAUAAUGAAUCAUCUUGUCAUGUAAAAUGUCUCAAUAACUGAGGGCUGUCAAUAACCAAUGACUUUGCCUUUUCUAUUGUCUUACUCUCAUGAUGAACUUUGGUUCUGAUGGAGGAAGUGUGAAAAGCUUUAUUUUUUUCUCAGAUAUCUUUAUAUUUCUAUUGUAUUUUUCAGUUCUGUACUAUGUGCUAUAGGUUUUUUGGUUUGUUUUUAUGAACACAAUUUGGCAAUUUCUAGAGUGGUUCUGUUAUGACCUACAAGAGACUGCCUGCCUGAAAACAGCAACAGUAUCCAUUCUCCCUUACUGGGUAUAGAUAGAACUGUUUUCUGGCAAGAUGAUUAAAGUUAUUGAGCUCAUGUUUUCCUGAAAUUGCAAAAGGAUGCACUGUAAUGCUUAUUAAAGUAGAUCAGACUUUACAAGUUUGACAUUUGACAACAUUCCCACUACUUAAAACAGGCAUGUUUACUGGUCCUUCUGAUUCCGGUCUCAAAACUGUGUUGUGAAGUUUGCAUAGAAAAUGUGAGUUAUCUUAUUAUUGCCUCUUGGUCAGAACCUUCAUUGAACAGUAAAGGAUUCUGUUCAGUUUUAAUUGCAGAGUUCCCCUUAGUUGCUGUGAAAAUUUAAAUGUAAAAUAACUUUUUAGAUGACUGUAAACAACUUUAAAGCUUGGAGUUGAGGCAGAAAAUGGUACUUAAAGAAGUAGAAAUAACUGCCAACUUCAGAAUCUUUCUAGUGGUGAUGUCUUGGAGAGAGAACGCAGAAGCGUUUCAUGGGUGUUUGCUGACUUAUGCAUCUCAGUAGAAAUAGAAGUCUGAUACUUUUUUGUAAAGUCAUGUAGUAUGAAACAUGUCCUGUAUAUAUUUCAUACAUGAUAAUGGAUUCUUGAUGUUAAAUGCAAGAUGAUUUAAUGACGGGAUGAGGCUGAUCACUUAAAUCUCCACAAUCCUGGAAGAGAAUUACUUGCAUCAGAUAUAAUAGUAUUUAUUAUUCUGUACAAAGAGAGAAAAUGCUUAUAUAAACACGUGCUUACAUUACAUGCACGCAGAUUUCAUGCUCCAUAAAAUUUUUCUAUUUUUUAAUUUGCCUUUCUCAAAAUUAUUUGCAUGGAAUAUGCCUUAUUACAGAAACAUGCUGUUCACGAUUUGAAUAUGUGGAAAAGUGCCUAUAUGGUGGUAAUACUAGUAAGGCAAAUGAGACAAAAAUGAUAUCUGUUUACAUCACCAGUGAACAUUUUAUAUAGUGAUGUUACAAAGAGAAAAGUUUAUACCUCAAAUAUCUAUCUUCUUUUACAAUCAGGUUGGGGGAGGGAGGAAAAAAGUUUCAUUCACCAUAGUCACUUUUGGGAACUUGGAAAAAAUUCUUUAUGCCCAGCUAUAAAUAUUCCAUUUCUGAUAACUAUCAUGAAGACAGUCAAAUAACUGUUUAGUAAUUUAAUUGGAUAGCUUUAUUUUACAAAGAUAUGGAAAGUUUACAAAAGCAGUAUAUAAAUCUUAAUAUCAUCAGUUGCAUUUGCACUAAAUGUGAUGUACUUUUGCAAUUUAUUCUGUAAAUAAAAUGAUUACACUAAAGAUGCUAUUUGUUAAAUAAAUAAAUAACUUUUCAAUGAGUGCACUAGUACUUCACUAGUGUUAACCCUACCCAAUCAGAGUUAGGUGAGACUUAGAGAAUGUGGAAAGAGUUCAAAAUUCAGAAGAGGUACUAACCUUUUUAGUAAAUAUUCAUAACCUGUAGAACUAUUUUCAUAAGGCUAAUUCCCAUAUAUUGAGUGUCAAUGAUGCUCUCUUCCCCAGAUCAUUUUUACUUCUCAUGCCUGAGAUAUUAACUUUUAAAUUUGUAUCCUCCUACUCUCCCUCCGUCCACAUCUCUUCUAAUACCCUUUUGUGCUGUGAUAGAGAUACUGCAGGAUUCUAAAAUGUGCAAAAUAUUGGUGAAUCAGGAGCUUUUUCCCCGUGCAGCACAGCCAGGGUACAGAACAGGAGGGUGCAAUAUUUCACCGGGGACUUGGGACUCUGAAUUUUAAGAGGGUAGAUGACUAUGCAGGACUUUGGGAUUGAAAACAGGGACAGCCAGACCUAAGGAGCUCUGUGUCUGUGCCUGAGGGGGUGCGUGCGUGCGUGCAUGCGUGUGUGUAUGUGUGUCUCUCGAAGUGAUGAGAAGGAGGAGUGGCUUUUCCCAUUUUGUCUGUUCCCAUCAACUAAUUUGUAUACCUAUACAUCAGUGUCAGUAGCUUUUGAGGAAAAUUUCAUCAUUUGAAAAUAAUUAUUUUGUCAGCUUUAUUCCAUUGGGCUGAGCUGGUUUUCCCGUGAAACUAUGUGGGUUCUCUUUAAGCUAAUCAGUUUGCUAAUCAUUUUGUUCAGUUAAAAAUCUUUCACCAAUAUUUUGUCACAGUUGUACAGAUCAAGAUGUAUAAGGAUUAUUGUCACUGUUCAUCUACAGACUCAAAAACAUAAAUCAUUUUCAAGUACCUUGAGAGUGUGUAGAGUGUAACUGUUCUAUGAUAGCUUUAUGAUCCUGAUGUUAAAAGAAAAAUUGGAUCUUCCAUGUUACAAUCAGAAAUUAAAACCAGUAUUUAAAAGUGGAAAAAGUAUUAAAAUAUUAUGGA